CGCUUCAUGUCAGUAGAAAUGGACAGCAGCAGUUUUAUUCAGUUUGAUGUGCCCGAGUACAGCAGCACCGUUCUGAGCCAGCUAAACGAACUACGCUUGCAAGGGAAACUAUGUGACAUCAUUGUCCACAUUCAGGGUCAGCCGUUCCGAGCCCACAAAGCAGUCCUUGCUGCCAGCUCCCCUUAUUUCCGGGACCAUUCCGCAUUAAGUACCAUGAGUGGCUUGUCAAUAUCAGUGAUAAAAAACCCCAAUGUAUUUGAACAGUUACUAUCAUUUUGUUACACUGGAAGAAUGUCCUUGCAGCUGAAGGAUGUUGUCAGCUUUCUAACCGCAGCUAGCUUUCUUCAGAUGCAGUGUGUCAUUGACAAGUGCACGCAGAUCCUAGAGAGCAUCCAUUCAAAAAUCACUGUUGGAGAGGUUGACGCUGUUACAGUUGGUGCUGAGGAGAACCCCGAGAGUCGGAAUGGAGUUAAAGAGAGCAGCUUCUUCGCCAACCCGGUUGAGAUCUCCCCUCCGUACUGCUCGCAGGUGCGGCAGCCCACCACAAGCAAUGACCUGCGGAUGGAGACAACCCCCAGCAAAGCUCUGCGCAGCCGCUUACAGGAGGAAGGGCACUCAGACCGAGGGAGCAGUGGGAGCGUUUCUGAGUAUGAGAUUCAAAUAGAGGGGGACCAUGAGCAAGGAGACCUGCUGGUGAGGGAGAGCCAGAUCACUGAGGUCAAAGUGAAGAUGGAGAAGUCUGACCGGCCCAGCUGUUCCGACAGCUCCUCCCUGGGUGAUGAUGGGUACCACACCGAAAUGGUUGAUGGGGAACAAGUUGUGGCUGUGAAUGUGGGCUCCUAUGGCUCUGUGCUGCAGCAUGCGUAUUCCUACUCCCAGGCAGCCUCACAACCAGCUAGUGUGUCAGAAGCAUUUGGAAGCUUGAAUAAUUCCAGCCCUUCCAGGUCCAUGCUAAGCUGCUUCCGAGGAGGGCGAGCCCGCCAGAAACGGGCAAUGUCUGUCCAUCUGCACAGUGAUCUGCAGAGUUUGGUGCAAGGGUCUGACAGCGAAGCUUUGGUGAAUAACCCCGGAUAUGAGAGCAGCCCCCGGGAGAGGAGUGCACGAGGACACUGGUACCCAUACAAUGAGCGGUUGAUCUGUAUUUACUGUGGAAAGUCCUUCAACCAGAAAGGAAGCCUUGACAGGCACAUGCGACUGCACAUGGGAAUCACCCCCUUUGUGUGCAAGUUCUGUGGAAAGAAGUACACACGGAAGGACCAACUGGAGUACCACAUCCGGGGCCAUACUGAUGAUAAACCAUUCCGCUGUGAGAUUUGUGGGAAGUGCUUUCCAUUCCAGGGUACCCUCAACCAACACCUGCGGAAAAACCACCCAGGUGUCGCUGAAGUCAGGAGUCGCAUAGAGUCCCCAGAGGGAACAGAUGUGUAUGUGGAACAGAAACUGGAAAACGACGCAUCGGCCUCAGAGAUGGCCCUAGAUUCCCGGAUGGAAAUUCACACAGUAUCUGAUACUCCUGAUUAA